GGGAGUCUUAAGUUGGAUCAGUGGUCAUCACUAAUGAAAAGGUUGCAGAAUAUGUAUCUGUCUCUUACCUGCUAGUCAUAGUUAAUUGAGGUCUUAAAGGAAGACCUGAGACUAUAACAAAAUUCUCUAGGAUUUGUACUGACGAGAUCAAUUCGCUAUGUACAAGUCUCUUUAUGCCUUUCAAUCCUCGGAGCCCAACUCUCUCCACUUCGCGGCCGGGGAAAGCUUUUUGAUCUUGGAACGCAGUAACAAACACUGGUGGCUCGGAUCCCGCUGCAGCUCCGGAGAGACAGGUUACAUACCUUCGUCUUACAUCGAGAAAGUCCAGGCUCCAGAGCAGGAUGAGGUCUUGCAGUCCAUUGACAGAGCAAUAGAAGGCAUCCACAAUGUAGCCAUGAAGAACGGAGGCAAAUACAACCUGGAGCAGAGAGAUGUGCUCCAGAAGUUGAUACACCACAGAAAGGAAAUCCUCUCCCGUCGAAGCCCCACUCCCUCCAGCCACAGGCCAGCUCUCCCCUCCUCUGCAAGUGACCUGUCCCUCAGCCACACACCCCCUCUGUCCAAUGGGCUUAACCGACCUUAUGGACGCCAGGCCAGCGAGCCAAUAGCAGAGCCCCCUGACAGGAUGCCAGGCGAUCCGGGAUUCUAUCAGGUGCCUCCUCAGCCUCGUCGAGCAGCACCAACAACCCCUCCCCCACCCGAGAAGCGAAGAGAGACUCGAUGCACAGCAGCAGAGCCAGACACCAUCUCCAGAGUGUCUUCCACAGGUCAAGGUCCCACUAAGGCCUCUCCCAGGGGAGUUUCCCCGUCAAGUAGCUCGCUCUCACUAGACUCUAGUUCCACGCACUCCGUUGUGUCAUCGGAUAUAAGUCUGCCUAGUGUGGCCAGUACGCCACCUCCAGUGCCCACCCGUGCCAAGGCCCCAGCACCUCCAGUGGAGCAGCCUCCGCCAAGCCCGUCCCCACAACCUGCUCCAUCUAAGAAAGGACCUGCUCCACAGCCUCAGCCAGCCCCCUCUCCAGUAUCAACCAAUCAAGAGCCUGCAGAGGCGGAGUGGCCCUCAGCCCCGCCCCCCGUAUCUUUAAGUCCCCCAGAAAGUCCCACUAAGUCAGAUCCUGUCCCCAUGACGACAGGAGUGGAACUCCUUGAGCUUGUCCGUAAAAACACAGGUCUUAGUUACGAGCUGUCUCGUGUGGCCGUGGGAGUGGUUGUAGGCCACCUGCAAACCACCAUACCCCAGGCAGCCCCGGCUCUGGAACAAAUCCUUCUCUCAUUGUUUGAGAGCAAGGUUCUGAGCACAGCAUUGCCACAGGGGCAAGUGUGCCACGAUGAACAGCGCCUGGAGGUGAUCCUUGGAGACCUGGCUCGCCAUCGUGAUGACUCACAGCAGCGCAGCUGGGCUCUACAUGAGGACCAUGCUGUCAUAGCUGCAUACCUGGAGGAGCUCCUGCAGAUCUUAACGGAUGCAGACCCAGAGGUGUGUAAGAGGAUGUGCAAGGUCAAUCAUUCAGAGCCUGUGAUGUCUCUAGUCUCUUAUUACCAGAUGGAGCACCGUGUGUCUCUGCGGCUCCUGCUGCUGAAGGUGUUCGGGGCCAUGUGUGGCCUGGAGGCCCCUCUCAUCUCCACCCUGCUCAACUCCAUCCUGCCCAUGGAGCUCGCCCGCGACCUGCAGACUGACACCCAAGAGCAUCAGAAGAUGUGUUACACGGCCCUGGUCCUCUCCAUGGUCUUCUGCAUGGGGGAGCAAGUACCUUAUCACCAUUAUGAGCAUUUGAACAGUGACUUUAUGCAGUUCCUCCUGGAUGUUAUAGAGGACGGCCUUCCCUCAGACCCCACUGAACAGCUGCCAGACCUCUUCAUCAACCUGGUGCUGGCCUUCAACCUCCAUCUCACUGUGCCAGCCAGUAACAUGGUCAUGAAGACUCUAAUCGAAAAACCCAAUGUGAAGAUACUGACAGAGAAAAUACUACUGCUGCUAAACCGAGGGGAUGACCCUGUGUGUGUGUUCAAGCACGAACCCCCUGCUCCCCACUCAGUGCUCAAAUUCCUUCAGGAUGUGUUCGCCAGCCGGGAGUCUGCCCAGAUCUUCUACCGCACCGACAUGAUGGUGAUGAUCGACAUCUGUGUCCGUCAGCUCUCAGACCUUUCAGACGGAGACAAGCUGAGGAUGGAGUACCUCUCUCUCAUGCAUGCCAUCAUGCGGUCCACCGACUACCUGGAGCACCAGCACCGCCUGGACGACCUGCAGUCAGCGCUGCAGAGGAUCCUGGGGGAGGAGGAGGACGAGGUGGGGGGCACCGUCCGGCAGAUGGACAAGCUCAUCGUGCAGCAGAUCUACAAAGAGUUCCCCCAGAUCUCUGCGAGCAAGUGCUGAGGCCAGGGGAGACUGGCGGCGCCAGCCUCAGAUGGAAGGCAGAGCAAACUGCAGUCUGUUCCCCCUCGGGGAGAGUCGUGACGAGAACCUCCCAAAACAGUAUUCCCAUUAGAACCAUAUCAACUGAGAGACUUGCCAAACCGAAACGUAUCAAACAAGCUUAUCCUAUGAUCCUGUUCAUUAGAUUGAUGCAAUGAUCUCGCUAAAUCUCACUUUUAGGUCAAAAUGUGUCUGAUAAAAAAAAGAACAAGUUUGCUCAUCGUAUCUACUGAUAUUGUGGGAUUGAAUGCUUUGAAUUGUUGACCGUCAGAUUAAGAGAGACAUGCAAGGUUUAAAACUCAUUUGUUUAAGUGGAUGUGCCAGGUGUGGAUGUUCCUCUAAAUGCCGGAACCAGACUGCAGUCUCUCUCCUUCCUCUGGGGGUCACGCCCCGCUGUGCUUCCUCUGUCUGCAGCAGCGGUUAAGCUUUCAUUACAUCUCAGCUUUCACUGCAGGUGUUAAUCGUAGCCAGUCCAACAUGCCUCUACAAAAACACUGACUUGGCAAUGAGGCGCAUUGCUAAACGUGAGCUCAAAGAUAAUAGUUGUGGUGAAAUGGCUUCCAUAGCAACCUGUGUUUUAAUAUCUAGAGCUGUGACUUGCUGCCACUUGCUCAGCCUUAGAAACACACAGCAGACAGAUAUAUCUAUUCGCUCUAGCACGUGCUCUGUGCAUAUCUCCCUCUCUCACCCACCCCAACACACACACACACACACACACACUUACUCUGAUUCCUGAAAUUCACCAGGCUCUACUUGCUUUACUAACUGUGUCUGUUCCUCUACCCUAAAGCACUUACGCUCCUGCAAUACCAGCCAGCUGAUGUAAAGGGAAUGUCCUGUGUCAAGAAUACGAUAAUGUGACAGGAUAACUCCUCUCCGUUUCUACCUCUCUCUUGUCCUCAACUGACACCUAUAAUGCUCUUUCUGUUGCAGCUUUCUCCUCUCUAUUACUACGUAUACUGGAACUGUAUUGUGAUUUAAAAAAAAGCAUACUGUAAUCUACCUUCACUUGGGCAUAACCCAGUUACCUGACCCUUCACCCCCAAUCUUGUCUUAAAGCGUUGUGUUACUGAGGGCACCUUUAGUUUGUACAGUAUUAUGACUGGGAGGCCAGAGGUACAGACAUACACACCCACUUUCACAAAGCAAACAGCACCACUUUCACACCCUUGAAAGGACAGUAUUGAAAAAAAGGUAUUUGUAAGCGUUUCUGUGUGAGAGACCUUUCAGUCACCAAGAUGUCUUUGUGUGAGCGUGUAUGUAUGCUGCCUAGUUUCUUGAAUGUUGGCACUUUUAUGUUGACAAUGAUGGUUAUCGUGUCUUGUUAUUUUAUGGUAUGUUUGUCCAGGGGUGUGUUGCAGUUUGAUUAAUGAUAAUGGUUAAAGUAUAUUUUCCCUGGUUUGAAAUGUGUUGGAAAAGCGUGAAAGGGGGGAUGGUAACAAAUUGUAUUUUCUUAAAGUUUACAAAUUAUUAAAAUGCCAGUCAUCUCAACAAGCACUA